CACUCUUUCUUCCGUCUCUCUGUUCCCUUACAAUCCUUCAUUUCCAAUAUUUCCUUUCUUUUUUUUCUCUCCCUUUUCUCUUGACAUGUCUUCUGCCGGCGGCGACGGUGACGGCGACGGCGGCGUUACCUCCGGCGACCCUCGCCAAUACUUCUGCCACCAGUGCGACCGCACCGUCUCCGUUUCCCCUUCCCCCUCCACCGAUCUCCUCUGCCCCGAUUGCAACGGCGGCUUCCUCGAAGAGCUCGAAAUCCCUAACCCUAACCCUAACCCUCCCAAUCCAUUCUUCUCCGACUUCCCCCUCGCCGGCGCCACCUCCUUUCCCCUCGUCCUCCCCGGCACCGCCUCGCCCUUCGACGAUCUCUCCGCCCUCUUCGGCGCCCGAUCCGACGCUGCCACCGGCGACGCCUUCGAACCCCUCGUCUUCCUCCAGAACUACUUCCAAACCCUCAGAGCCGGCGGCGCCAACCUCCAGCUCGUCAUCGAGUCCGGCGACCCCGCCGGAGCGCUCCGAUUCCCCGGCAACGCCACCCACGGCGACUACUUCUUCGGGCCUGGCCUCGAGGAGCUGAUCCAGCACCUCGCCGAGAACGAUCCCAACCGCUACGGCACCCCGCCGGCCUCAAAGUCCGCCGUCGAGGGGCUGCCGGACGUCACCGUCACGGAGGAGCUGCUGGCGUCGGACUCGGCGCAGUGCGCUGUGUGCAAAGACACCUUCGGACUCGGCGAGACCGCCAAGCAGAUGCCGUGUAAGCAUAUAUAUCACGCGGAUUGCAUUUUGCCAUGGUUGGAAUUGCAUAAUUCUUGUCCCGUUUGUCGCUAUGAGUUGCCCACAGAUGAUCCUGAUUACGAGCAGAGGGCUCGUCGCGGUGGCGGCAGCAGCGGUGGCGGUGUUGCUGGUGGGCCGGCUCCCCAGGUGAAUUGGAACUUGGCUGGUGGUUCUGCUGAUUUGGCUGGUGGCAGUGGCGGUAGCGGUGGCGGCGGUGGUGAUAAUUUGCAGCGGAGGAGGUUUAGGGUGUCUAUGCCUUGGCCGUUUAGGCAACUUGUUUCUUCUGCUGCUGAGACGAGUAAUGUUGGGAAUGCCAACAAUGAUAGCAACAAUAACAACAGCAGUAACACCAAUAGUGGGGACAAUGGUAGGCAAUUGAAUUCUGGAAACAGGGGGAAUCAGAAUUUUGAGUCGGAGACCAGACAGGAAGAUCUCGACUGAGGACCGCUCGUGUUUUGUAUGUAUGAAGAGUUUUUCAAAGUUGCAGCAUUUUGUUGAAUAGAAAGGAUGUUACAUAUCAAUUAGUGGUUGUUGACAGUUGAAAAUGUUAUACUUGAUUACAAUGAACUUGUUCAACUGUCAAUCGCCAUUUUUAGAGUUCUUUAUACAAUUAUAUGUACAUUAUCGGUUCAAUAUUUUCUGAAUUUUGUUUUUAUUGCCUGAGUGUGACUCGUGUCCUUGGACUCUUCCAAACACCAUUUCUACUCCUUUGUGUUAACCAA